AUGGAUAAGAAAAAGAAGGAAAAAUCCAUGUAUUUAGGUUGGGUCUCCAUGAAUACCCACAGAGUAGGUUAUCCAUUACCAUCCCUACUUCUGUGGUACUAUCAAGCUGUGUCUGGUCUAUGUUUACAGGCACAAGAUCUAAAUUGGGAUAACAAAAAAACAAAGAAAAAAAAGAAAAAGAGAAGCUUAUGCUCAAAGCACACCUCUCUCUCUCUCUCUCUCUCUCUCCAAACCAAAAAGCUAAAGAAGCAAAGCAUCUCCCUGCUUCCCCUGACCGUCGCGAAAUUCUUGGCAACCAAAAAUGACUGUCAAAACAGCCACUCCAAGUUACUGGUUGAACUGGAGGUUCUUGCUUUGCGCCAUUUGGGUUUUAAUUUCAAUGGUUUUCGCAACAAUUCUUAUUUUAAAGAACGAAAGACGGCACAAUGCAAAAGAUGGGAGAAGAGAAGAACAAGGAAGAGCAGCAGCAGAAUACGUAUAGGAGAAGUUGGAAAGCCAUGUUUGAAAGGAAUUCACCCUGUUUGGUUGCUGGGAUUCCGAGUUUUCGCUUUCUUUGUGCUUUUGAUUCUUCUGAUUUUAAAUAUUGUUGUCAAUGGUGGCGAUAUAUUUUACUUCUACACUCAGUGGACUUUUACGCUCAUAACCAUUUAUUUUGGGCUUGGAUCGUUGCUCUCCAUGUAUGGUUGCUACCGAUAUCAUAAAAAAGUAAGUGGCGAUAGAAUUCAUACCGAGGACUUUGAUGCCGAACAAGGCAACAAUACAACUCCUAAAAAUUUGGAAAAUUCAAAUGCAUCCAAUGGCAAAAAACUCUCCCCGGGACCUAAUCAAGAACGCGAAGUUCGUCAAACUGCAGGGUUUUGGGGCUACAUGUUUCAAAUAAUUUUCCAGAUGAAUGCAGGUGCAGUGAUUCUCACUGACUGCGUUUUCUGGAUCAUUAUAGUACCCAUUUUGGAACUCAAAGAUUACAAUCUAAAUUUUUUGAUAAUAAGCAUGCACACAACCAAUGCAGUUUUCCUUCUUGGUGACACUGCUUUGAAUUCUCUUCGCUUCCCUUGGUUCCGAAUAUCAUACUUCAUCCUCUGGACAUCUUUUUAUGUUGUUUUCCAAUGGAUCGUUCACGCCUCUGUCUCGCUUUGGUGGCCGUAUCCAUUUCUGGACUUGUCAUCUCCAUUUUCGCCACUAUGGUAUGCGUUGGUGGCUUUGAUGCACAUACCAUGCUACGGUAUUUUCAUGUUGGUAAUGAAGAUGAAGUACUUUCUAUUCUCAAAAUGGUUCCCUCAGUCCUAUCAGUGUGUGACCUAAUUCAGAUAAAAUCAAGCUGGUCUGUGAAAUACAAAGAGCUUCCUCGUCCCCAAAACAACGCAAGAAGCAUAGGAACAUAACACAGUAAGUAGAAAAAAAGAUGUGCAGAGAGACGAUCAAGAGACAUGGCCUCCUUUUUUUCCAGCGAGUCCAAGAAACACUAACGUGUAUUAAAUUUUGGGAUAAACAAUGAAAGCAUUCUUAUUUCAGUGUAGAUGUAAAUAUAAAAAAAACCCAUACAGAAAUUCCUAUACUUCAUAGUAUCCACUUUACAUGUUUGCUCUCUCCA